AUGGCUACUCUUCGCUCCGCGUUCAUUCUCGCCUUGGUCCUCGCGUCGCUCCCCGCACUCUAUGCCGCGUCCGCGCCACUGCGGGGCGACGUCGCUGCUGGGGGAAGCGCGGCCGUGGACGCGGCGGCGAGGUGGGGCCGCAAGCUGCUGGAAGCGAGCAGCGGCUCCGUCGCAAGCGGUGCAGACGCUGAACUGGACCAGCAGGGUGGCGAGGAGGAGGAGGAGGUGGGGGAGGUGACGGACGGGCUGGAUGAGGCGGUGCGAGUGCUGCUGACGUGGGGAGAGAUGAAGAACGCGGCGGCGGCCGGCACGAGCACAAACGCGGGGAGCGCGGGGGGGAAGAUAGGAGACAUUGUGUCCAAGGCGGUGGCAGCAAAAGCGCAGGUGCGCGGGGCAAGGCGGCGUGGUAGCGUGCAGGAGGGGCGGCAGCCACCCAGCUGGUAUGGUGCCACUGCUGCUGGUAGCUGCACGGUGCAGUGGAGUGGAGUUCUCUCAGCUGAGCUCAGAAGGGACUCUAUGCGAAUAUGUCUGCUGAAGGCGCUCAUCAAGUCGUGGAAAACACCACAUCGUGCCGCACAGCCGGCAGCGAUGAUGGACUUGGCGGGAGGCGGGCUGUUGGACUGGGGCGAAGGACGUCACGUCACGCCAGACCCUUGA